GUCGGACAUACGUACCAGCCAUAAAGAAGGCAUUAAUCGCGCCCAUCUGAGCUGACGUAAGGUCGAAGUCGCACCUUGCCGCAGGCAAGAUGUAGGCGCUAAUACCCCACUGCAGCCCGCAAGUAAGGGCAUCUUGUGGUCGCAACUGUCGUUGCAUCAGCUCCUACGCUAUUCCAAAUGGCUGUUCGAGGUGUACAGUGUGUCGUGCUGUAUCGCCUGCCUCUUCACUCUGCUGCUAGUGGAGCAGGCCCUGCACUCUGCCUGCGCUGUCUUGUUCAGCGAAGUAGCGUAUCGAUUUCAACGCUGCCGGAUGGCCCGGCGACAAGGUAACGCCAUCUUUAAUCGCAUCGCGCGGCUACACAUAUCAGUGCUUGCAACAUGCCGGGAUGUGAACUUGGCGUUUGGCCUGCUUCUGCCGUCGUACCUGCUUGUGAGCGUACUCAUGUCUCUGCUUAGCACGGUUUCCAUUAUUUUGGCUGAUGGCACGCCGGACUUCUUUGCACUAUCGUGCUUUUCGUAUCUUUUUAUCUUCUUUGUACCUAUGUGCCUCGCGGGUCAGCGUCUUGAGGAUACCGGCGAAUGCGUGGCUCAAGGGACAUAUCGAUCUGUCUUCAAACGCUUAGGCGUUAAGGGUGAGGCGCCUCGAGAGGACGUCGCCGGGGGCGCCGAGCCUGCCGAGGCCGGCCCUGCCAUGGGGGUUGUGCAUCAACCACAGCAUGAGGCCGAGACCGCCGAGGUCGCCGGGGGCGCCGGGGGCGCCUAG